UGGGUUGCAGCGGCAGGUCCUAUGCGUUCGAUUCCCGCUGGUGACUUCGUGCAAUCCCUCGCCGUCGGCAACGCCAAAUGCAUAUCGAUUAGCCGACAUUUUCUUUUCUUGGUACGAGUGAAAACAAGAAACGACAACGGUCCUCGAGACCUUCUUUUUCAAAGAACAGCGGCCGAUUCGUUUCCGACAGGCAGCGGUGGCCCUUUGUCCAGACGGGUUUUUGCAGACGUUUGUAGUAGCCGAAGUCCCGACAACACCAUUUCUUCAGUCAAGUUGAAUAACAUUGCACCCCGUUCAUCCAUUUUUGAAUCAGCCCUCCUUACACGUUUCGGGGACUCAGACUAUCAUAACCACGACAAGGCGCUUACUCGAAUCCGGCAGACGGGGAGUGUACGUGACUACCAAAAAGAGUUCGACAGAUUGGCGUGCCGGGUUCGCGGGUGGCCAGAGAGCGUGCUUGUUGGCGCGUUUGUUGGAGGGCUUAGGUAUGAUCUCGCGGCUGAAGUACGAUUGGAGAGGCCGGAGACCAUGCAUAAGGCCAUGGAUGUUGCUAGGAGACGGGAGGAACACUUGGCCGCGACUCAAAGGGGACGGGCAAAUUUUCUUGUCCCGGAGCCGCGGCGUGUGCCGGUGUCCGUGGGCGCACCUAGUGCAAACGCGAUGCCGCCGGGCACAUUUAGGCCCCCAGCAACUGAGGUGAAGAGGUUGACGGAGGAGGAGAUGGCACGGAGACGUGAGAAGGGGCUGUGUUUCCGGUGCGAGGAAAAGUACACGCCGGGACAUCGGUGCAAGCAAAAUUUCUUGAUCGAGUUCAUGGACUCGGAUGACGAGGAGCCGAUGAUCGAGGAAGAACGGGUGGUGGAGGUUGAGGUGCUCAAUGACGAGGCCGAGAUCUCAGUCCAUGUGAUGGCGGGCACUAAAGGCCUGAGGACUAUGAAGUUACCGGCGUGGUUGAAGGAUCGGCGGGUUACGGUACUCGUGGACAAUGGGUCGUCGCACAAUUUCAUUAAUGCGACUCUCUCGCACAAACUCAAGUUUCCCACAACCACGAUUGAGUCGUUCGAGGUUAGGGUGGCGAAUGACGAGCGCUUGCGGUGCUCGAAGAUGUACCGGGGCGUGCCGAUCAAGUUUCAAGGAGUGACGAUGAAGGCGGAUUUGUUUGCCUUACCUUUGGUGGGACCAGAUGUGGUGCUUGGGGUGCAGUGGCUCGAGGGACUAGGAGAUGUGAUGACUAAUUACCGGAAGGGUGUGAUGAAGUUCGAGGCCGGUGAUCAGCUCGUUACCUUGAAGGCUAGUGAAGGAGCAACCAAGGAG